CGUUGGCCGUGUGUUUCAGUAUCACUUUGUGCUCGUCUUGUGCUCAUUUCCAUGCGAGUUGAGCCGAUAAGGAGAAAAAAAAGGUGCCCAAUGAAAAAAGGAAGAGAAGGAAAUAAGAAUAGAGUAGUUCACGUUUGUUAGUACGGCGUGUCAGUGUGAGUACUAUAAUAAUUGAAUUCGUUUGUAUUUACUCGAGUGCCAAUUGAAAAACUAGAGACACUGAAUAUAACAAGUAUGUAACGCCCCAGUAGCUCAUUGUCACUCGAUACAAUCAUCCCAGAACAAUUGAAACGUCAAAAAUCAAUUCCUAUAAAAUUUAUUCUAAAACGCGGAUCCAUAAAACGUUGUCCAUUCAAAAAUGUUCUCCAGUGGUAACGGAUGUGAUCAGGUGUAAUAAUAAAUUUAAAAAAUGAGUAUAAAAAUUACACGUCUUGUGUGAAAGAUAACCGCAAUCGCGAUAAGUGUCUCCAGAGGCGCGGAGGAAACUCCCAAAACCGAAGUGGCAAAGAAAAUACAAUAAGUUAUUUAAAAGGAAUAAUUAAAGAGAAUCCAGUUGAAAGAUGAGCUUGAGUAUAUCGAAAUUCUUCUCAAAGAAGAAAUCAACAUCGGAUCAGAGUAUCGGGGAGAUCGGUUUGCCAACAGAUGUAUCCCAUCGUUUUCACGUAAUAAAAAAUGCGAAAACAGGAAAAUUGGAGGGUCUCCCGGACUCGUGGCUCCGUCAGCUCAACUCUCAGAUAACGAAACAUGAACAGGACACACACCCAGCAGCGGCGCUGCAUGCCAUAACGUUUUACAAUUACUCAAUAACGAGAAAGCCUCAGCAGGAGAUCUUCAAGCCUCUUGUAACUGAGGAUCUGAUACAGGAGGAGUCCCAGGAGAUUGAUAAGAUUCUGGCGAAGAAGAAAUAUCAGUCUGGAGAUUCAGAUGGAUCGACGUCGAGUUCGACGGACAGCCAGCGACUACCGGAGCUGCCACCCAAGCGGAAUAAACCACCGAAACCCACCCCCAGGAAGCAGGUACCCCAGGACCGGGUCGAGAAGACUCUGACAGAGAUCCUGGAGGACUUGAACUCCUACACACUUGAUGCCGAGAGUAUCAUAAAGGAAAGUGUCGCCACGCCGGAGGAGAGUCCAGUACUCCGGAGGAAGACGGACUCGUCGGAGAGUAAAAUGAGUGACGAGGAGGUAUACGAGAAGUUGAGGAGUAUUUGCCAGUGUGGGGACCCAAAUCGCAGGUUCGAGAGAACGAAGGAGGUGGGAGCUGGUGCAUCAGGGGUUGUUUUCAUAGCUACUGAUCUCAUCAACAACGACAAAGUCGCCAUCAAGGACAUCGAUCUCUCCAAACAACCAAUGAAGAAUCUCAUUCUUACGGAGAUCAAUGUUCUUAAGGAGUUUCAACAUCCCAAUCUGGUUAAUUUUCUUGACGCUUACCUUGUGGGUGAGCAUCUCUGGGUUGUCAUGGAGUUGCUCGAAGGUGGACCCCUCACAGACGUCGUCACUGAGACAAUUAUGAAGGAGGCACAGAUUGCAGCUGUCUGCAGAGAAGUCCUCAAGGCCAUCAGUUUUCUACACUCCAAAGGCAUCAUCCACAGGGACAUCAAGUCCGAUAAUGUUCUGCUGGGCAUGAAUGGUGCUGUCAAAGUCACGGAUUUUGGUUUCUGUGCGAAUAUCGAUGGGGACGAGAAGAGGCAGACGAUGGUGGGGACGCCCUACUGGAUGGCGCCUGAGGUUGUCACCAGAAAGCAAUACGGAAAGAAGGUCGAUAUCUGGUCCCUAGGGAUCAUGGCUAUCGAGAUGAUCGAGGGAGAGCCACCGUAUCUCAAGGAGCUUCCCCUCAGGGCUCUCUAUCUCAUCGCUGCCAUUGGGAAACCAUCGAUUCCCAGGUGGAACUCACUCAGUGCCACUUUCCAGAAUUUUCUUGAGCGCUGUCUUGCUGUUGAGGUCGAUGAACGAGCCACUGCCGAUGAACUCUUGGCACAUCCCUUUUUAGAUAAAUGCGCUGAGCUGUCUAGCCUCAGGAGACUCAUCGAGGCCGCCCAGGCGCGGUUGCAAAAAGUAUUUUAAAUUUUACGGGGCAAAAGGCGUUUUUGGGAGAGACUCGGAGACUUUGACGGUGUUCUCAAGAAGAAGCGUGUUCUGUUUCUCAGCGGGAAUAUUUUUCAUUAACUCUGUUUUGGUGAGUCUUUGGGGUGAUGAGACACAUGGGCAAUUAAAAUUGAAAUUAAUAGUAGUGUUGCAACGUAAUGAGGGGCAUUUCAAGUCGAUAAUCAUUCGUUUUAGAAUUAAAUAUUCAGUAUUUUUUUCCCAAGGCAUAAGAAUAAUAUAAUAAAGUAUAUAAAAAGUUAUUUGCGAUUUACGGUGAAAGCUUUAUAUGACUUUUUUAUAGCUGGGGAAAUUUUGAACAAAAAAGUUGAUAUUGAAUCCCAAAAUGAAUAGGUUUACGAUCAAUCGACGUUUAACAAAAUUAAAAUUGGAAUUAGCUCACUUGAUUACUUCGCUAUUGAGAUAUCAUAUUGCAAAGAGAAAAAUGGGAUUCGUAAUAGCGUUAAGCCUUAUCAGUGUAUAUAAUGUGUCAUCAAUGAUGUUGGACAGUAGAAAGAUCAUUGCGGGUACAAAGAAAAAAAAAUGACGAGAGAAAUAUAAAUGAAAUUAAUACUAUCUCAUUUUUUUUAUGCCCAAAAUUAUAAGCAAUUUAACUCUCUCUUCACAGAAUCAUAUUUUUCACGAGAUUAAUUUGUAUAUCAGAUCACAUAUCACCGAUUAAGUCUUGUACUUAUGAUAAUGGAGUGACUUUUCCAAUUCUAUCUACAAAGAAUAAAUUUUGUACACUCUAAACAUUCCGGGGACGGAUUACUCUUGUCCGAGGGGCCUAAUGCUCAUUGCUAAUGAUACGAAUUACACUUCUCACCCACGAGAUUAAGACUUCCAAAAUUAGGGGGGCAAUGGUAUCAAGUCAGAGUAUUAAUUGUGAUGAAAGGACCAAACGCAACAAGUGUGCUGUAUUUUUUAUAUGAAGGAUAAACAGUUCGAAGGGAAUUGGUGAUUAAUUAGGAAAAUAAGACAUCAUCACUAAUUGUAAAUGAAAAAAAAAUGUAUCCAUUUUAUACUAAAUGUAUUGAAUUAUCCAGCCUCGUGCCUAGAGCAUCGUACUGCUCAAAUUUUAAUACAACUACGUGUGAAACGACUUAAAUUGUAUGUAUAUAUUGCUGAGACGAUUUGUAUUGAAUUAUACCGGAAUUUUAAUGAUAAAAAGACUUCUGCUUUUGCUACUAAUUAUAGUCGAGUCUUUGUAUAAGAUACAAGGCAAUUUGUCAUUCGAUUUUCAGUAUGCAAUUGAUUGAUUAAUUUGGGAAAUUCAAAGUUGCAAUUUUAUGGCUGAAAUAUACACUGUUAUUUGCCAAUUGUCAUCAAUAUCUAUUCAAUUUCAUCUUAAUUGAAUAAGUUGCAAUAUUCUCUUUAAUCUUUUCGCUCAAUUUUCAUUUUAUUGCACCUAUUAAGUAGAGUGUACGAAGAGUGAGGGAAUGACUUGACACUAAUUACGAAUUAGUAUCUUAUAUGGAGAUUAGACUGUAUCUUUAUUCAUUCCUUUGAAAAUCAA